GGUCCCCGCCAGCAGCGGGCACCCUGCGACAGGUGAGCAUAACUCAGUGGAGCGCGCUCGGGCCCCAGUGUCCCCACUAUGGGCAACAGCGAGGGCCGCAGCGACUUCGAGUGGGUCUACAGCGACCAGCCACACACGCAGCGGCGCAAGGAGAUGCUCGCCAAGUACCCAGCCAUCAAGGCCCUGAUGCGGCCAGACCCCCACAUCAAAUGGACAGUGCUGGGAAUGGUGCUGGUGCAGUUGCUGGCCUCCUGGCUGGUGCGGGGGCUCUCUUGGCGAUGGCUGCUGUUCUGGGCUUAUGCCUUCGGUGGCUGCAUCAACCACUCGCUGACACUGGCCAUCCAUGACAUCUCACACAAUACUGCCUUUGGCACAAACUUUGCCUCCCGCAACCGCUGGUUUGCCAUCUUCGCUAAUCUGCCCAUUGGCGUACCCUAUGCCACAUCCUUCAAAAAGUACCACGUGGACCACCAUCGUUACCUGGGUGGCGACGGGCUGGAUGUGGACAUUCCCUCGAACUUUGAAGGCUGGUUCUUCUGUACGCCGGCCCGCAAGCUGCUCUGGCUGGUGCUCCAACCUUUCUUCUACUCGUUACGGCCCCUCUGUGUGAACCCCAAGGCGGUGACCCGUAUGGAGAUGCUCAAUACCCUGGUGCAGCUGGCAGUCGACAUGACCAUUUUUGCCCUCUGGGGGAUCAAACCCAUAGUCUACCUGCUAGCCAGCUCCUUCCUGGGCCUGGGGCUACACCCUAUCUCUGGCCAUUUUGUGGCUGAGCAUUAUAUGUUCACGAAGGGCCAUGAGACUUACUCCUACUAUGGACCCCUCAACUGGAUCACCUUCAAUGUGGGCUACCACAUGGAGCACCAUGACUUCCCCAGCAUCCCUGGCUGCUACCUGCCACUGGUGCGGAAGAUUGCGCCCGAAUACUACGACCACCUGCCGCAGCACCACUCCUGGGUGAAGGUGCUCUGGGACUUUGUAUUUGAGGACUCUCUGGGACCCUACUCCAGGGUUAAGCGCAAGUAUAAGCUGGCAGAGGACCGCCUGUGAGCCCUGCCGGCCAGCAGUGCCUGAGUGGGCAGCUCCAUGCCUCUUGCCCCCACUUCCGCGGGCCAGGGCCACAGAACAUCUGGCUACAUCAGCUCCUGCAGUCUAGGCUGCCUCUGGCCCUGCUGGGCCCAGCAACAGGGGAUGCAUCUGUGGUUGGAGGAACCAGGCUUACCUAAUCUCUCUGGGCCUUCCCUCUAACUGACUGAUACUCGGUGUCUGUGGUCCCAUGGAGCUGGUUUCUCUGUUCUUGUGCCCUAGAUUAAAUCUAACAUGUCUUUAUAGUCAA